GGAGAGCCGGCCGGCCGACCAGCCAUGUUCGGCGUCCCGCUCCCGCGGCGCCCGCUCUGGCUCUGCCUCCACCUCUUGCUGCCGCUGCUGCUGCUCCCCGGGGCGCCUGGGCACCGCGGCGCCGAGGGGCCGUGGGAUCGCGCAGACGAGCCCGGCCCGGCGUGGUCCUGGCCUGGCAUCCAGCGGCUGAAGGAGCAGCUGAGGGCGGCCGGUGCCCUCUCCAGGCGGUACUGGACCGUCUUCAGCUGCCAGGUGUGGCCUGAUCACUGCGAGGACGACGACGAGGCGACCUUGCACCCCCCGGGCUGGAACCUUCCCCAGUGGGGCCAGUGGUCCCUGGACACGCUGACCGCGUGGUUCUGCAGCUUCCAGGACUGCUGUGAGGGCCAAAGAGAUUGCAGGAUCUCCAACAACUUUUCAGGCUUGGAAUCCGACCUGACAGUGCGACUGCAUGGCCAGCAUUUGGCCAGAGAGCUGGUGCUGAGAGCAGUCAGGAGCUACUUAGAGAUGCCCCAACCAGACAAGGCGCUGGUUCUGUCGUUCCAUGGCUGGUCUGGCACAGGCAAGAACUUCAUGGCAAGGAUGCUGGCAGAGAACCUGUAUCGGGACGGGCUGAGGAGCCAUUGUGUCAAGAUGUUUAUUGCCACCUUCCACUUUCCACACUCCAAGUAUGUGCACCUGUACAAGGAGCAGCUGCAGAACCAGAUCCAAGGGAUGCAGCGGAGCUGCUACCAGAGCCUGUUCAUCUUCGACGAAGCCGAGAAGCUGCAUCCUGGGCUGCUGGAGGUCCUUGAACCACACUUACAGCGCCGGGUCACCGAGGGCCCCCAGGCUGAGCCUCCAAAGGCCAUCUUUCUCUUUCUCAGCAACCUUGGGGGCAAUAACAUCAAUGAGGCAGUCUUGAAUUUGCUUCUGGCUGGAUGGUCCCGUGAAGAAAUUACCAUGGAACACCUGAAGCCCAGCCUCCAGGCUGAGAUCACCGAAUCCCCAGAUAGUGGCUUUGGGCACAGCUGUCUUGUGAAGGAAAACCUGGUGGACUUCUUUGUCCCCUUCCUGCCACUGGAAUACCGUCAUGUGAGGCUGUGUGUACGUGAUGCUUUCGUGAGCCAGGGGCUCCCGUACACAGAAGAAGCUCUGGAUGAAAUCGCCAAGAUGAUGAUCUAUGUCCCCAAGGAAGUGCAACUCUUCUCCUCCCAGGGCUGUAAACUGAUUUCCCAGAGAAUUAAUUACGUCCUGCCUUGACAACUACUCCAAGGCUUCCUGAAGGUGCCUGUCUCUACUAACAGAACUGUGACCUAUCAAGGCACCAAUUAAUGUCCAGCAAUAACUAACAUACAACUUGUGUGGACAAGGAUGGGCCGUAAUUAGAAGCAGAGGCAGUUCAUAAAAUCACAUGGUGCCUUAAAUACCUGCAUUCCAAAAUGUGGGCCAGGAAGCUGGAGGGUUGUUGGGUUAUACAGAACAGGGAAGUUCUAUGGCUCAAGGCUGUACAGUCCAAGGUCAUAGGCUCCAAGGUCUGCCUUACAGUUCUUCGUCCUACAGAACAACUGCACUGUGGAUGAGCAGAUCAUUAGCAAAGACUUUAGGCUAAAGCGAAAGGUGCACACAGGAAACUUAAAUCAUGUAAAUGUAAAGCUCACUCCCUUUUAAAAAAGAUCAGGGGCCUUAGGCUCGUGUGGUGAUCUGCACACCGUGAUCCUGCCUGGAGGGCAGGAGGAGCCUAUCUUGAAGAAAAAAAAGGAAGCUUGAAUGUCAUAGGUAAAGAUUAAACUUUUGUAUUUUUCUAACGC